AUGUCAACUGAAGCCUCAUCAUCAUCAUCAUCAUCACCAACCACUUCUAUCUUCUUCUUCAUCAACAUCAUCUUUGUUCUAGCUUCAUUAACAAGAGCUCAGAAUAACAACACUACUCAACCAAUUACAGAUACCUCUGAAGUGAAAGCUUUGAAUUUGAUAUUUGAGAAAUGGAACAUAAAGGGUAACACAAAACAAUGGAAUAUAAGUGGGAAUCCAUGCAGUGGGGCAGCCAUAGAUGACUCUGAUUUAGACGAUGUCGCUUACAACCCUUUUAUCAAAUGUGACUGUUCUUUCAACAAUGCCUCCCUUUGCCACAUUACUAAACUGAAAGUUUAUGCAAUGGAGAAUAGUGUUGUUGGUCCAAUUCCAGAAGAGCUUUGGACUUUGACUUACCUCAACAAUCUAAAUUUGGGUCAAAAUUACUUGAGUGGCACACUUUCUCCAUCCAUUGGCAAUCUCACUCGCAUGCAAUACUUGAAUUUUGGUAUUAAUGAACUUUCAGGGAAAAUACCAAAGGAAUUGGGACAACUUACUGAGUUAAUAAGCUUGUCUUUUUCGUCAAACAACUUCUUUGGUCCUCUGCCUUCUGAGUUGGGCAAUUUAACAAAAUUAGAACAACUUUACAUGAGCAGUUCUGGUGUUAGUGGUGAGAUUCCUUCAUCUUUUUCCAAACUAAAGAAUCUCAAAACCUUGUGGGCAUUAGACAAUGAAUUCACAGGAAAAAUACCCGAUUUCAUAGGAAGUUGGACAAAGCUUGCAGUAUUGAGGCUGCAAGGAAACUCUUUUGAAGGUCCCAUACCAUCGACAUUUUCGAAUCUGACUUCUCUUUCAGAGCUGCGUGUAAGUGAUUUGUCUAAUGGGAGUUCUUCUCUUAAAUUUAUUAAGGGCUUGAAGUCACUGAGUAUAUUGGUACUUAGGAAUAAUAAUAUUUCUGAUUCAAUUCCACCAAAUAUUGGAGAAUACCAAAACUUGACUCAGUUGGAUUUGAGUUUCAACAACUUAGUUGGACAGAUUCCAGACUCUCUUUUCAACUUGAGUUCACUCUCAAUGCUGUUUCUUGGGAACAACAAAAUAAAUGGUACUUUGCCUAAACAAAAAGUUCAUUCUCUUCUCAAUGUAGAUGUGUCUUUCAACAAUUUAGUGGGGACUUUUCCUUCUUGGGUCAAUAAACCAAAUCUACACAUCAACUUAGUUGGGAACAACUUCACAAUUGAAAGCUCAAACAACAGUGGUAUUCUUUCAGGAUUGAAGUGCCUUCAACGAAACUUUCCCUGCAAUCAUGACCGUCCAAUCUAUUAUAGCUUUGGGAUCAACUGUGGUGGGCCUCAGAUUAAAUCUUCUGACAAUAUUUUGUAUGAGACGGAUAACGAAACUCUUGGUCCGGCGAGUUACUUUGUCACCAAAACCAAUAGAUGGGCAGUCAGCAAUGUUGGAUACUUCAAUGGGAUUAACAAUGCUCAAUAUACAACAAACUCAUUGUCUCAAUUUACAAGGACUUUAGACACAGAGCUAUUCCAGACAUCAAGGCUUUCUGCUUCAUCAUUGAGGUAUUAUGGCUUGGGACUUGAAAAUGGCAACUACACAGUCAAACUCCUCUUUUCUGAGACAGCUAUUCUAGAUCCUCCUUCAUGGAAAAGUCUUGGGAGACGUGUUUUCGAUAUCUAUAUCCAGGGAAGUCUUGUUUUGAAAAAUUUUGAUAUCAGAAAAGAGGCAGGCCAUGUCUCUUUUGGCGCUGUAGAGAAAGUAUUCACAACUCAAGUAUCAGAAAACUACCUUGAAGUUCAUCUAUUUUGGGCUGGGAAAGGGACUUGUUGCAUACCAAAGCAAGGCACUUAUGGCCCUUCUAUUUCAGCCAUCAGUGCUACUGCAGAUUUUGAUCCUACUGUUAGUAACAAGCCUCCAAGCAGUAAAAAGAACAGGACUGGUCUGAUUGUGGGGAUUCUUGUUGGUGUUGUCAUUUUAAGCUCUCUGAUGAUUUUCAUGGUCUCCUAUACUUUUCAGAGAAGAAAGAAGUCUCAAAUGAUUGACAGUGAUGAUUUCUUGGGAAUGGAUGUUAGACCUUUCACUUUCAGUUAUGCUGAACUAAAGAUGGCGACAAACAAUUUCGAUUCUGCUAAUAAGUUAGGAGAGGGUGGAUUUGGACCUGUCUAUAAGGGAUCACUUGAUGAUGGAAGAGUGAUAGCUGUGAAGCAAUUGUCUAUGACUUCUCAUCAAGGAAAGAGCCAGUUUGUGGCGGAAAUUGCCACGAUAUCUGCUGUCCAACACCGAAACUUGAUCAAAUUGCAUGGAUGUUGUAUUGAGGGAGGCAAACAACUUCUUGUUUACGAGUAUCUGGAAAACAAGAGUCUUGAUCAAGCACUUUUUGGGAACAAUAGCUUGAAGCUAGAUUGGUCAACACGUUUCGACAUUUGUUUAGGCAUAGCAAAAGGUCUAGCUUAUCUUCAUGAAGAGUCACGGCUAAGAAUCGUCCACAGAGAUGUGAAGGCAAGCAACAUUCUGCUAGACUCUAAUCUGAAUCCUAAAAUAUCAGAUUUUGGUUUGGCCAAGCUUUAUGAUGACAAUAAGACUCACAUUAGUACUCAUGUUGCUGGAACAAUUGGCUAUCUUGCACCAGAAUAUGCCAUGCGCGGACAUCUUACAGAGAAAGCCGAUGUGUUUGCUUUUGGUGUUGUGGCGCUAGAGACUAUCAGUGGCAGGCCAAACUCUGCUCCUAAUUUGGAAGAAGAACAAAUAUAUCUUCUUGGAUGGGCUUGGAACUUACAAGAACAAAACAAUGAAGCUGAUCUUGUGGAUUCAGAGUUAUCCGAAUUCGAUGAAGAUGAAGUGAGAAGACUCAUAAGAGUAGCUCUUUUAUGCACUCAAACAUCACCAACAUCAAGGCCAUCAAUGUCUAGAGUUGUGGCAAUGCUUUCAGGAGAUAUUGAAGUAAGCACUGAAAUCUCAAGGCCUGGUUACUUGGCUGACUGGAGUUUGGAUAUUCUAAGCAGCAUAUUAAGUGAUGUUGCAACUAUAGGAACUGAUUCUACCUACUAUGAUUCGCCUGCUAGUACGAGCAUGGUGGGGGAUGCAUUACCAUCGCCUGCCAAAGGCGCCACUCGUCCAAUUCUUCAAAGCUGCAAGUCCAAGAUUUCCUGAAAAAAAUGAAGAAGUGAAUUAUGAUUUUCAAGAGUUAUGCUCAGCCUUAUUUGACA